AUGACCACUCCCAUCUACAACAACUCAGAUGUCCUCCAGCCGCAGGCCGGCCACAGAGGACCCAACGAUUCCGCAGUUGUAUUUUGGGUCGACAUAUUCUUGGUCGGCAUCCUUGCUCUUUUCACUCUUAUGCAGCUCCCUCGGAUUCUAGCACGCCUUACCAAUACAGAGGAGGCAAGAUUUGGACACCUGCUGUAUACCUCUCAAGACCUCUCACGGUCCCGUUUCACCAGUCUGAGCAGUGCUAAUACCAUGUCUUCGCACGCCCCCCUCUUUCGGCGUCCAAGUGCUGAGGAAGAAAAGGGUGUUCAGCCCAUCGUAGUACCCCGCCACAUUCCUUCAUGGACAGCUGUGCUGCGGCCCAUUACUACCAUUCUCCGAAUUCCAUUCAUAGGCAGGAUCCACUUCGGCGGUGGCCUCCUACUGACCGGCUACUUUGUAACUCUCCUGUUUGCUGGAGUUUAUAAGACUAGCCUUUUCAUGAACCAAGUUAGGCCAGGCUAUGUCGCUGUGUCGCAGAUUCCCUGGGUCGUGGCCUUUGCGACGAAGAACAAUAUAAUCAGCUUUGUGUCAGGUAUCGGAUGGGACCACCUGAAUUACAUUCAUCGUUUUUCUGGCCGACUGCUAGUCAUCGCUGCUAACGUCCACGCCAUCGGUUUCAUAUAUCGAUGGACCAUUGCGGGGAGUUUUACCAAACACAUCUCUCAGACGCGCUACACCUGGGGUAUGGUUGCUCUCGUAUCGGUAGAUGUCCUGUUCUUUUUCUCUCUCGCCAUCUGGAGACAACGGGCACACAACAUUUUCUUCCUCUCCCAUCUUGUGGCAUUCAUACUGUUUUUGGUCGCGGUAUGUCUGCACAUGCCCAGUAUCCUCUCCUACGUCUUGGCCGGCGCUGGAAUAUAUGCACUUGAUGUGAUUCUUCGCGCAUUCAAAACACGCGUUACUACUGCGCGCAUAUAUGAUGUCCCAGAGCUUUGUGCCACUGCAGUCGAAGUGCCAUCUCUCAAUGCGGGCUGGCGCGCAGGCCAGCACGUCCGGGUGCGUGUACUCUCUGUCGGAAUGGGAUGGUAUGGCUGGGCAGAGGCACAUCCGUUCACCAUUGCAAGCGCCAGUUUGGGCACGACGCGGCAAGGUCUCGUCCUCUUAUGUAAGAUAGCGGGAAGGUGGACACAAAAAUUGUACCAACUGGCAGCUGACGACACGCGGAAAGAAGAUGCAGGUGUCGGCAUCAACAUCAGGGUGAUGGUGGAAGGGCCUUAUGGUGGGCCGGGAAAUACGAUGAUGUCAAGCUUUUCUGGAGCAUUCAUGAUCGCAGGAGGGAGUGGGAUCUCGUACGCGCUAGCCGCAGCUGAAGAAUUACUUCAGAAGGCAGCAAGAAAUACGAGCAGUGUAACCAUCUUGGAUCUUAUCUGGGUAGUCCGUCAUCCAGAGGCGCUGGCUCCAUACAUUCCUAUCUUUUCCUCCCUCAUGGCACUGAGUGUGACGACAACAACCGCUUUGCAAAUUUCUAUUUUCUACACGCGUGCGGAGACACACGAGCACAACUUCAGCGCACUUGAAGUUCCUGAAGGGAUUACGCUCAAUCCCGGUCGACCAAGUGUGGCGCUGCGGUUGCAGGAUCUCCUCAGUCGUACGCGCAAUGCGACUCUCCUUCCAGGAUGUGGUAGCAAGCCCAGGGGCGUUUUCGUUGGCGUGUGUGGUCCUGGACCCUUGGCUGAUGAUGUCAGGAGAGUGAUCGACAAUGUCGAAUCUGGGGAGCAGAGAGAGUUGGGCGGCAUUGAAUUGCAUGAAGAGAUCUAUGCUCUGUAG